AAGAAGCGUUGCCGUUAUCUGCUGCAGCACCAAUUUUUUAAAACGGCUGUACCAUUUAUUUUAUAGCUGGUUGGUUCUCGCAAAGCAGCUUUCAUUGCUUGCCAUGGCUCUGUGUGAGGGUAUCGGAGCCAUGGCUUUGCCCAGCGAGCUUAUCGUUCAUAUAUUCUCCUUUCUGUCCGACCGAGACAAGCUCCGGGCCUCGUCUGUGUGCUCACGCUGGAGGGAGUGUCUCUUUUACCCCGCGCUGUGGACUGAGCUCAAGCUGCGGGUAGGUGGUGGAUGUAACGGUGGCGGAUCCACCUCAGAGGAGACCCCGAAGCUGGAGUUCCUCAUGCGUAAGUUUGGUUCAUUCGUGCGGGAGCUGCAACUGGAGCUUGCCCCGGUGGAGGGUUACCUUAGUCCCCUGAGCAACGACCCGUCCCCCCCCAGGAUGGACCAGCCAGACAGCGACCCGCAGCUCUCCGAGCGAUGGAGGGACGCCAUGGCCACCUACUUGGACCAGGUGUUAUGUGUGUUCUCCAGCACCCGUAACAACAGAAACCUGCGGAAGCUGAGUCUUUAUGGAGACACCUGCGUUCUCCAGCAAGAGGGACUAUUGGACAGCUCCAACCUGCACCAAAUUCACCAGGGGGAUAAAAAGAUCAAUGAAAUCCAGCAGUUGUUCAUGGAGCUGCUGUCUAACAGCAGGCAGCUGAGGUGGUUGUCCUGUAGCUUCAUGCUGGGUCUGGUGACUCCCUGCUCCUUCGCCUGUCUGUCAAACCCCUCAGCUGAGACCCUGCGACACCUCAGCCUACUGGACCACCAGCUAGGUCCCCUCAUCUCACCCUCAGAGUUGAGUCGUCUGUCUAAUCUUCGUUCUCUGGCUCUGGAUUUCUCCGAUUUGACGUCCGAACUCUGCGCUCUGCUAGCAUCUCCGCGCCGAAUUCCACUGCACCGCCUGUCCUUGCUGCUCAACGGCGCCGCCCUGGAGUUCAAACCGCUGGAAGGGACCGCUACCGAGGAAGAUUGGAAAUCCCUGAUUUGUUCGAGCACCAACUUGCGAGUGUACCUCAUGGCCCUGGAGGUCGACAGCUCCGAGCUCCUCCGAGUCCUGAAGCCCAGCCUCCCUCUCGAGCGCCUCCACCUGGACAGUUACAGCACACUGGUGACCGACGGCACCUUGGAGCUCAUCACUCAGCAGUACAAAAAAACACUGACGCACUUCCUGCUCCUGAGGGAUGACCCCGACUUCCCCGACCUCAGCAUCAAUCGGAACGAAGACCCCUUGGUCCUGUUGGCAUGGAGAUGUACUCAGCUGGCUGUACUGGUGAUACAUGGUUACACUGUUUGGUCCCAUAACCUGGUGGCCAUCUCUCGACUGCGGGGCUCCAGCCUUCGUGUCCUGACCGUCUCCGAGGAGAGCAUCGACUUCGACCCGGACCAGUCCGUGUGCAUGGAGGGCGAUCCGGUCCACAACCUGGUGAAGGAGGUCUCUCUGGGCCUCGGCCGCGGGUGGCACCCCUCCAGCCUGGAUUUGUCCGAACCCACCCAGCACUUCCACCGCGAGCUGCACGCCUUCAGCAUGGGCAUGUAGGCAGGUCCAACACAUCACAGCCUACACCGUGUCAAGACCAGGCCAGACCAAACACACCUCCGAAAGGGUCCCCAAAGCAGGGAGAGAUGUAAACUGGGUCUUAAAACAAUCCGUGAAUUACAUUUAAAGGAUUGUUUUUAUUAUAAUUUUAUUCUUUGUUUUUUUUCACAGCGUUUUUAGCACACCAUCAAGUCCUACCAUUUUCAAAACUAUUCCCUUUUAAGGUGCUUUGUCUCUUUGAUUAUUUAGUCAGCCAGUGACUUGGGGAAAACAGAUCAUCAAUCUUUGAUGUUUUAAAUAUUCAACAAUAUCCCUUUAAAACUGGUUAUUCUAAUAAAACGUGAUAUUUAUUUAGUUUAAAGGCAUACCAAUCUCUGGCCCUGUACCAUAUACAAGACUUGAAUCAUAAACCCUUUUUGUCUGCAAAAAUGGGUUACUGCAGCUCCAGAUGCUCAGUCUGGUCUGGUCUGGUCUUGAUAGCUCAAUGUUUCUAUUUCACCUUAAAAACCUCCAGAGCCUCUGUAGGAUGUUUUUAUUUUCUUUCUAUUUUUUGUUGACUGUUUCUCAUCACUCCCCGCUCUGUGUAUAAUCUUGUUUUUCCUGUGUGGUGGUUCCCUUGCCUGUAUAGGCUUUGUGUGUAUUUAAAUACAGAUAUAUUAUUAUCAUCCUGCUCACAGCUAAGACAGGUUGAGUGAUGGGCCGGUGGGAUUUAUUGGGGGAGUGUUUUGGUUGUGAACGUGUUUUUUCUUUUUUCGUCUUUCUUCUAAAACCCUUUACUAGAGUGGAGCAGACUGACAUACCAAUGCAGAGCAAAGGUUAGAGUUUGUAAGCUAACCACUCAAUCACUUCCUUGAUAAUGCAUCCUUAGCUGCUUCUUCUGUUGCUCGCAAAGAGCACCUAGUGCACUUGUCUACUAGAUUGAGCCUUCGCAGCAAGGUGGAAAUAUCCACUGCUAUAUUAUGACCCUGAUAUAUGUAAAUGGUUUUAUCAAGGAUUUAGAGCCCCUUACCAAUGGUGUAUUAGAGAAUAUUGUUACAUACUUUUAGCCAACACACUCCCCACUUGCUGACUUUUUUAGAAACCUUGCUAGUGAAUCAAAUGGAGAGCCUCUUCUUCCGACAGACAUUCAGAGUGCAACUAUAACAUUCACCCACAACAAAACAAAGUCCCCCGCUUUGUUGGAUCUGUAGUAAGCUAGUGCAAUCUUUCAUCUUGUUCUACCUUUGCUCUCUUUAGGUCAAGACUUACUGACAAGUAUCACUGGUUACAGAAUAUUCAAAUGUGGAAUACCAGUUUAAAUAGAAGAAAGGAAGUGUGCGUCACAACAUGAAGGACUCUGAGAUUAGACAACCUGCAUAAUCCGGAAGAGAAAGUAGGUCUUCAUUUCAUUAUGCCAUGAAUAAAUAUAUAUUUUAAAAUCUCUGACUCCUUCCAAAGUCUAAAACCAGUAUUCUGAAGGCACGACUUCCCUGAGUACCAAACGGAGGCUUUGCAAGUAUGCUACGAGUCUUUUGGCAGAAACUAGCAGUAGGUUUUUCUUCUUUUGGUGUAAAACAUUUCAUGAUUAAGAACAGGGAAAAGUUAAGGAGGCACUGAAUGUAACUUAACUCUGUUAGCCAGUCUGCCCUUUUUUUUCAAGGCCUACUGUAAAGCUAUACUUUCUUCAGAAAUGUGCUUUAUCUUGCCACAAUAGUCAUUGCUGCUGAAUAACGCAUUUGGAAAUCGUACGAUCCAAUGGCAGCCAGCAUUUCGAUAUCCUAGGUUCCAAUGGCAGCCAGCAUUUGGAUAUUGUAUGAGCCAUGGCAGCCAGCAUGGGAUAUCCCAGGUUCCAAUGGCAGCCAGCAUUUGGAUAUUUUAGGUUCCAAUGGUUUCUAGCAUUUCAAUAUCCUAGGUUCCAAAGGCAGCCAUUAUUUGGAUACCAUGGGUUCCAAUGUCAGUGGCGGAAUAUUUUUUCCGCGGCACCUACAGCACAACAAGGGUUUUGGUUUCAAAACGUUAUGUCGUAUUUCUGUGGUGAAACAUAUUUUGUCAGUCUCAGGUAGGCUUUUAACAUCACUAUGACCAGGACCGCUGCAGUGAUGAGUAGGGUGUGUGUGAAACAAUCAUUAAGCGUUAGAUACUGUCGUUAUUUUAUUUGAAUCUCCUUUUCGAUUCACAGUUGCCUUGGAAACAGCCCCCUUGUUUUCUGGAUACAGAUGUUGUUGUUAUUGAUGAUGUUGUUUAUCUUGCCAUCUUUUAAUCCCUCGCCACACCUCGGUUUACAGGGAUCAGCGAACCUUAUCAUACAUUUGUUUUCAAUGAUUAAGGUUGACUAAAGAAUGGCAGUCUGCUCAUUGCACAUGUUUUAUGAUAACUCCAGGAGAUGUUGUGGGGGAAAGGGAGUGACCUGCUGGGCCCGAAUAAUGUCUGAAACUGAAUGUAGUCCGUUUUCCGGGGUGAAAUACCUUUGGCCUGGCACAAGGGAUAUUGGGCAUGAGUCGCUUGAAUCGUCGGAUUCUAUCUUUUGGGGAAGAGUGAGAUGCCUCUGUUCUAACAAACAAAAUAAAUGUUAUUCAGGCUCUUGAAGUUCAACCAUGCCAUGGUCAGCCCUCAAGCCGGGCUCUACCAACCACAUAUCUUCCUUAUUGUACAACCAGUGGAUAACUCGGUUCCAUCUGGUUAUAAUUGCUGUUGUACUUAAAUCUUAAUGGGGUAUUUCUUGAACUUGAGUUCGGAUCUCAGCAUGUAAAGAGUUGGGUCGGGCAUUAGAGCGCCUAACUUUCACAAGUAAGUGCCGUCAACUAGCCAUCGCUUGGAAAGUUAGCUUCCCAGAAUGGCGUCAGCUAGCUUGUUUUGCGCACUUUCGAAGUCGGGGCAAUGGCAUCAGAGACUGUGAAGGUCCAUAUCCAGGUCUGUAGUUUACAAGGUUGAAGUGCGUUUCUUUUCAUAGACUGAUAUGGAUCCUGAGUUAUACAGUGUGCCAGCACUUUGCUUGGUUCGGAAUGAAUUGGAUUGCAGUGGUGGUUGGCCUGUGUUUACCAAAUGUUAGGUCAUCUGUUAUCAAUGGUUCUACAGUGAUAAUCUCUCCUUGGUCCAUAUCUCAGGACAAAUGCACUCUGGUACCAAGAGUUUCUUUUAAAGGCUGUAUAUAGAGCACUCAGAGGGGAGAGCAAUGCCAACAUAACACUUUCAGACCAAACAUGUUUUAAAAUAUUUGUUCUCUUCCUCCCCUCCUUGGGUGUUUCCUCUCGUGUAGUUUUUUAGAACUCUACAUCGCUCCUUCAUGUGAGAGAUUCAAGCUGUUUGUAUUGUAUAUAGGCAUCACCUGAUAAGAAGGGGAAAACUGCAACAGUAGAAUGUUAUUUCAAACUAGAAUUGAGCUGGUGAAAUAGAAAUGUACGAAAAAAGAUGAUUUUACAAACACCAGCCUCACCUUCUGUGUGCGCUUCCUCUUAUGGAUCCUUAAGUCUUAAGUCCCCACAUGUUAAAACAAAUGGUCUGUGGUUUCUCUCAGAUUCAACGGAAAAAGAAACAUCUAAUAGGAAUGAUAUUCCCAAUUUAAAUACAUUUAACUUCCUAACACUUUUGAGAGAAAAAGUAUUUCUAUAAGCAGGCGCCAGUACAUAUUCUCUAUCAAAAGUUAACGUUUUGACAAUUGCAAUGUAGAAAUAUUCCCAAAUCACAGAGUUGCUGAGAUAAACACUAUGUAUGAUGUGUGUGGGAGCAGAAGGUGUCGCAAAACAACCUUUCCUUCUGUUUUUCUUCACCAAAACCAAAUGUAUGCUGAACAACUUAAUACUGGCAAAAUUGGUCACAGUAUGGGAUAGCAUUUUAAGCUACCAUAUGCAAAAAAAUCCAUGGUCCAUUUUUGUCAUCCCUCACAUCUUAACAUUAAGCAGUGUGUGCCUGAAAGCUUCCAGAGUGCGAGUGCUUUUCAAACCUCUGCUCUCCAAGUUAUCAGCUUUGUGUCGUUUGUAGUCGUUGCUGUGAUUGUUAGCUUAAGAAACGCAGCGUUAGCAGCUAGUGUUUGGAGUGUGCCUGUAUUUUCUUGCGCUUUUCAUCUAACUUUCAAGUAGAAAUACGUUUCAGCAUGGAUAUGCGAGUGCAUGUACAAGGGGAGGGCUUGCUCACGUUCAGGAGUGUAGUCUUAUCACGGCAGGAAACGGCAUCGUUCGUUCUCAGGGUACAAUCGGCUUUCAAUAAGAGUGGGAGGAGGAGGUGGGAAGGUCACGAUAGCUCAGGCCUUUGAUCUCACUUGUAUGGACCGUAGGAGUCUCUGGAUCUGUUCUCCAUACCUUGAUGUGUUUUUAAAGCUGCCAAAGACCAGAGUGGAACAAACAGACACAAGUCUAUCUGAAGUGCCCAAACACACACAGGAGGCUGGUCCAGUAUUCUCCUUCUUUCUCCUCACUCUCAGUGGCUCCUAGUCUACUAACUUCUACCAAUCUGUGGAGAGACUAUACUGUGCUGUACCGGGUCACAACAGUGUGAAAAGAGACCAAAGCGUACCUGGCCAACGUUGUGCUAGUUCAACUUCUACUGGCCAAUUCCUAUCUUGGGAUUUUGGGUCUACACUGCAUAUAGCAAAGAGAGGCCUUGAAGUCCAGUGCAGUAUGUUUUUUAAGGCUUAUACUCCUCUUUGUUUUCACUGUGAGCGAAUGUAGGAGGACGGGGUCAUCUCUGAACACUUCAGGGACUAAUCAAUCCCUUCCAUGCUUCCUGGAGCUACUUUCUGACAGAUUUCAUUGUAGCUGGGACACAGGCCAGCGUUCUGAUCUGAUGUGUUUCCUGUGUCCAAGGUCAUACUUGAUGGAAAAGUGUUUGGCGCCAGGCUUGCGGAGCUGUAACGUGAUUUGCUGCUAGAGAUCAGCCAGGGAAUGGAACAUUCCAUGCAGGGGUCGCUCAGGCCGUCAGACUUGCAAACAGUGUACGUCUGCGUGAAAACUAAGAAUCUAUAUAAAUAUAUAUUAUAAUUUUUUUUAUUUAGAGGUUUUUGUUUAGGGUUACAAGACGCAGAUGGUGUUGACUACACACCAGAUUACCAGCUGGUCUGAGCAGAGUGGAGGUCUCUCUAAAUGUUUACCGUGGUUCUAACGCGCUUUCUGCUGAAACCAUUUCUGGGACUUUUUUGUGUCUGGCACACAAAAGGUUACAAGUGUUAGAAACAUACCAAGACUGUACUAAAUACAGUUAAUGGAGUCUUCUUCUCUUUAACACAUUAAAUCAACCAUCUAGAGUAAAGUACAUCGCAAUACGGAAAGGGGAAGUGAAAACGCCUGGUGUCUGGGAAUUAUUUAUACAUCAUGUGCAGACAGAGGUUUGUGUAUGGCCAAACUAUACUGUGUGUACACUGGAAGACUGAUGGAGCCUUACCUUUAAGAGUUCUGCCACAAAAAAAGAUGGUUUUAAGGCUAUAAAUGAGAUGCCGGUUAUACAGGAGACCAUUACCAGCAGUUACUGUACAUCAAUCCCCGUUCAAGCUGACCCCUUUUGACAUGUUGGUUUUUUCCAUGCUCUUUAAUAUGCAUUCAUGGCGAAAUAUAGCCUGAUGUGAUAGCAGAGCUGUAGGGAAACAGGGAUCUGGGUACAUCUGUCCUGGAGUUGGGUUGGACACUUACUCGCCAAUACAAAUCCUAUCGAAACAAACAAGAGUGUGUUAUUUUAGUACCAAAGCAACAGACUGUCAGAUCUGCAUCAGUCUAAACGGGCUCACCGCUCAGACUCAAUGCCAACUUGAGUUUUAUAAUGUCGACUCUCGGGACGUUUGCAAUGUUCUUGACUCUUAAAUAGCUGGAAAGGAGCUAGUUUAGAUGGUUCAAGGCUUAAGACAGUGACAGGAUUAGGAGACAGGGCGUCCUCAUCACAAUGGGAGAUUUCAGACGGGUAUUUCUGGUGUUUUUACCUAACACCAUAGACUACUACCAUUACAUGCAAGACUUUGAAUAGGCUCACACAGGGCUGGACUCAGGCAGGAAUGUGAGAAAACAUCCUGAUGUAUGUUUCUGUUACUUGGGAGGAAAAACACUGGAUGUGCAUUGCACUGGUAUAGAAUAACAGAUGUAGGUGUGUAUAAUAUCUCAGCGGAGGGGGGAGGUUCACACAGAGCAGAAAGGCUUUACUUGCCACAUUUUAUUUCUAGAGAAGAAACAACAAAACGGCACUGAUAGCAUAACCCGGCCAAACUCCUGUCAGUCGCCGCGGCGCACACACCCCCGGGGGUCUGUGUAAGCGCCCGGCUGCAUCAAGGAACUGAUAGAUAUUCAUGCUCAGUGUCAGCCAACUAUCUUCGUUUAGAUCUCAGCUACUGUGGCUCCGAUGUUUCUGGCCCCUAAACAAAGUCUUUCUUGUCAAGUCUGGAGAGCCAAACCUCCCAAUUAGCCCGGCAGGCAGGCCAGCCGCACAACUAUGCAAGAGGAAUGCAUAUAAUCCACACGCUUCUCUAUUAUUUUGUUUGUUUUUCUUUCUUUCUCUCACUGUCACGCAGUAGAAAUGAACUAUUAAGAACUUGCAAUGACAAUACUUGGCCUUAUGAUGAUUUCUGAAAUCUUAUCAUUUAGUUUUAAGAUCUUUAUUUUUUGUUUUUGAUUCUGGUCAGCCAGCCCAGCGACAGCAGCGGUGACGGCGGGCUCACUCUUGGUCUCUGUGAGACCGGCUAGACGGCCCCAGUGUUAUCGUGGUACGAAUGUUGUGCAUUUGUUUAAAAUCAGGACAGUUUGCAAUAACAGCAGUCUUACUAGUGGCCACAAAGGGGCACGAGCAGUGCUGACAGCGCCCGGCUGCCUCUUUAGAAAACCAUAGAGGAAGAAAUAUAAACUAUAUAAAUAGAUAUAUAUAUUAACUCACACAGUGCAUAUUUGUAUUAGGUAUCAACAAUGCAUUACCGUGGUAUACUUAUGCAACACAUGUCCGGGUUCAAUUUAUGAACAUGAAGUAUAUUAUAAAAAUCACACAGACUUUGUAAAUCAGAAGCUAUGUUGUCAAGUGUUUUAUGCGGAAAAAAUUGUUUUACCAUCCUUAAUGUUGAAUAUUCUGAGCGUUAUGUUCCUGUGUGAUUGUGUUUGUUUGUUAAAGUGAGCACAUAGCAGUACCUUAUUUCUGUAAGUAGGGAACCAGACGUAACCCAAACACAGCUGGACCAGAUUUCAAAUCACACGGAGCACAUUUUAAAUACCUUUUUGUUUCUUAAAUGGCCUAAUCUGAUCUGUAUUAUGAACGGCAUGGAUUAAGACCAGCCACGGGAGUUUCCACUCCAAAAAACUGUUUGUCCACAUAAGGGAAUGUUUUAGUUGAGAACUUGGCUUAAUCUAUGCCUGUGAAACCGCUCUUAAUUAAUUAAAUUUAGACUAAUACAAAACCCGGAUUUGAAACCUUUCCAGCUGUUUUUUUUUUUUUUAUCUGCAGGGAAAGAGUCCUCUCCAGCUGAAAGGACAGAUUUUAUCUUAGUGAGCAGUGUGGAUCCAUGGUUUUGUGUUUGAGAAAAGGGAGGGGACAUUACAAACCUCCAUGUAAAACCUCUUUACAAGGUGCACACUUGAGGGGUCAACCUGCCGAAUGUUGAUUUGAAUUCAUGUUGAUUUGAAUUCAUGUUGAAUGAAUGCUUCUCUUCUUUUAGUCAAUUAAUAAAAGCAUUACAAAGUGA